CCAGACAUCUGUGGCCUUGGGUGCCACAAGCCCAGUCUGAUGCGGGCAGCCUGGCUCCUCGGGGCCUUGGUGGUCCCCCAGCUCCUUGGCUAUGGCCAUGGGGUUCAGGGAGCUGAGAGGGAGUGGGAGGGAGGCUGGGGAGGCGCCCAGGAGGAGGAACGUGAGAGGGAGGCCCUGAUGUUGAAGCAUUUACAGGAGGCCCUGGGACUGCCUGCUGGGAGAGGGGACGAAAGUCUUGCCAGGACCUCUGAGGGCAAAGAGGCCUGGGGGGCAGAGGAGGAUGUGCAGGGAGAGGAAGAGGAGGAAGAAGCAACACCACUACCCUCCUUCAGCCCUAGCCCCUCUCCCACCCCUGAGGACAUUGUCUCUUACAUCCUGGGCCGCCUGGCCGGCCUGGACGCGGGCCUGCACCAGCUGCACGUCCGUCUGCACACGUUGGACACCCGCGUGGCAGAACUGACCCGGGGGCUGCGUCAGCUGCGGGAGGCGGCGGCCGACACCCGCGACGCUGUGCAAGCUCUGCAGGAGGCGCAGAGCCGCGCCGAGCGCCAGCACGGCCGCUUGGAGGGCUGCCUGAAAGGGGUGCGUCUGGGCCACAAGUGCUUCUUGCUCUCGCGCGACUUCGAGGCUCAGGCGGCGGCGCAGGCGCGCUGUGUGGCUCGGGGCGGGAGCUUGGCGCAGCCGGCCGACAAGCAGCAGAUGGACGCUUUGAGCCGCUAUUUGCGAGCGGCGCUCGCCCCAUACAACUGGCCGGUGUGGCUGGGCGUGCACGACCGGCGCGCCGAGGGCCUCUACCUUUUCGAGAACGGCCAGCGCGUGUCCUUCUUCGCCUGGCACCGCGCUCCCCGGCCCCAGCCCAGCGCCGCGCCGCAUCCGCUCAGCCCGGACCAGCCCAACGGCGGCGUGCUGGAGAACUGUGUGGCGCAGGCCUCGGACGACGGCUCGUGGUGGGACCACGACUGCGAGCGGCGCCUCUACUACGUCUGCGAGUUCCCCUUCUAGCGGGCCGGCCGGGGUCGUGCAUCCUCCGAGGACGCUCUGCCCUUCCCCCCUGCCGGCCGACGGAAGUGUGUUCCCCGGCUGGAGUUCCUGCAGGCCAGGACCCCUUCCUUCUCCUUCUCUGCCCUUGGAACAGCCAGCAC